UCCUGCGGCAACCCUAGGGCUCUAGGAAGCGAGUUAAAAAAAAACCCUAGUUUAGGCGGCGGCGCGGCAGGCACGGCACGCCGGCACGGCCGCACGGUCCUGGGCACGGAAGGGGGCAGGAGCGGAGCCGCGGAGUCCUAGGGGCCGCGCCUCCGCGGGGCGCAGCGGCGCAGGCGACGACCGCAAUCCGCAACGGCUGCAGGCUGCUCGGCCUCGGUAGUCGCCCUGCUCGGCGGGCGGCGGCCAGGCGCAUGGCUGAGGUCGCAGGCCGCCGGCGACGGCGGGCGGCCAGCCGGGCGUACCCAGUAGGUGGGCCAGGUGGGCCGAGGCAUACCUAAAUUUUCAGCCCAAGGUCCAGCAAAGAAAAACUCCAUAGCCUAGCUUCCUGGCGGACGUAACAGGCCAACGCAUCGGUUUCCUGGCGGCUGCGUCGUCCGCCGUCCGCGGCGUCUCCGGCUCUUCGCGCGAGCGGCGAGCGCGUCGGGCGCUGCCUCCGGCCCUCCGCGGCUCCACCCGUCUGCCGUACGCCGCCACGGCGGACACCCUGCAGGCUGCAGCAGCCGCACGUUGCAGCACGCCGUCGUCGUUUGGCUUGGUUGUGUGGCGCCGGCGGACCGGCGGCGCUCCCUUUUCGCUGUCGCCGCAAGCACGACCUCUUCCCUCCACGGCUCCACCCCUCCAGGCCCCAGCUCCGCAUCCAGUAUUCCAGGUAGGCCACUGAGCCGGGCAGCCGGCAUCCGGCGACUAGGGAGCGGCGCUGCGUGUGGUGGUCAGAAAAGAAAUCCGGCGCCACCCCCAAUGGCUGUGGAGAAAUCCGGCGGCGCUGCUGCAGCCUCCUCCACCUCCGCCACAUCCACCUUGGACCGCUUCCAGAAGAUCGUCCUCAGCUGGGACUACCUCCGCCUCGUCGCCGAAUCCAAGGGCAGCAAGCAGGGGAAGGGGCUGCAGCGCGUGAAGGACACGUACGAGUCGGUGUCCGAAUACCUUAGUGUCUUCGAGCCACUGAUCUUCGAGGAGGUCAAGGCGCAGAUCGUCCAGGGACGCAGCAACGAGGAGGAAGGAGAUGCUGCGUUGGACUGGCAGAGGGUGGCAGUGGGGUUGUGCGCGGAGUCCGAAGGGUUCCACAAGUUCUCCAUGGCGGUGGAGAACGAAUUUCGGGAAACUGUGUCGGAGAAUGACCUACUGCUGCUCUCCAAAGAGAAAUUUGAGGAGGGAGUGACCCCUACUGCAUACGCCUUUGCGUUGGUGGAACAGCGCAGUGGUAGCGCAAAUAUUUCUCUUAGAGCUUUUGUGGCAGGCGAAAUUGAAAAUCUGAAUGUUUCCAAGCCUGUGGAUUCUCGAAGACUGAAGCGUUUUGCUUCCAUUUUGGCAGCUGAGAGCAGCACCCUGUGGAUAUUGAAGGUCUGCAGUUUGUCAACUAUAAUGCGGGAGUUCACAGCUAUGCAUUCUGUAGCUUGUCUUCCUUUUAAGGAUUUGAUUCUUUCAGCUGCUGAGAAGCAUAAGGAUAUUGAUGAUCAAAGCCGUGCAUGGAAUGUCCCUCAGCCACUUAUGGAUCACCUCAAAGCGAAUCUUAAUGAUUCACAACUAGAGGCAGUCAAUGCAGGUCUUUCACGCAGAUCCUUUGUUCUUAUUCAGGGUCCUCCAGGAACUGGAAAGACACAAACUAUCCUUGGACUUCUCAGUGCUGUUCUCCAUUCUGCCCCUGCAAGAAUGAAGACAAAAGGAGGAUUUGACGUUCAAAAGCAUGGACCAGAGCUGGACAUUGAUGGCAAGUAUGCACACUGGGUAAAAGCAUCUCCUUGGUUAUUUGGUGCAAAUCCUAGAGAUUUGAUUAUGCCUGUUGAUGGUGAUGAUGGUUUUUACCCCACUGGAAAUGAACUGAAACCUGAAGUUGUUAGUUCCAGUCGCAAGUAUCGGGCCCAUGUCUUGGUCUGUGCUCCAUCCAACUCAGCACUUGAUGAGAUUGUGUUACGUGUUCUUAACACAGGAAUCCGAGAUGAAAAUAACAACACCUACAACCCUAAAAUUGUGCGCAUCGGAGUGAAGGUGCAUCAUUCUGUUAAAGCAGUUUCUAUGGAUUACCUGAUACAACAAAAACUUUCUGGUGUAGAUCGCACGUUAGAUGGUGGGAGACGAGGAGCUGGCGAAUAUGAUCGGAUUAGAGCGUCAAUACUGGACAAAGCUGCCAUUGUAUUUUCCACUCUGAGUUUCAGUGGAUCGUCAAUUUUCAGUAGGAUGAGCCGCGCUUUUGAUGUUGUUAUAAUUGACGAAGCUGCACAAGCUGUGGAACCUGCAACUCUUAUACCUUUGGUCCAUGGGUGCAGACAAAUUUUUCUUGUUGGCGACCCAGUUCAGUUGCCCGCAACAGUCAUUUCAUCCACUGCUCAAAAAUUGGGAUAUGGAACAAGCUUGUUCAAAAGAUUUCAAGGUGCUGGUUUUCCGGUGCAAAUGCUUAAAAUUCAGUAUCGCAUGCAUCCAGAGAUUAGUAUCUUCCCUUCAAAAGAAUUUUAUGAAGGAGCGCUACAAGAUGGAGAGGGUCUCAGGAAAAAACGCCCAUGGCAUUCCUACACCUGCUUCGGACCAUUUUGUUUCUUUGAUGUUGAUGGUGUUGAAGCGCAGCCACCUGGAAGUGGUUCUUGGGUGAAUCAAGAUGAAGUGGAAUUUAUAACUCUCCUAUAUCACCAAUUGGCAAUGCGCUAUCCAGAACUCAAAUCUAGUUCUGAAGUGGCUGUUAUAUCACCGUACAGGCAACAGAUGAAACUAUUGAAGGAUAAUUUUCGGUUGACCUUUGGGGAUCAAUCAAAGGAAGUGAUAGAUGUAAACACUGUUGAUGGGUUCCAGGGCCGUGAAAGAGAGGUAGUCAUUUUUACCUGUGUAAGAUGCAACAAGGAGCAAAAAAUUGGGUUUGUUUCUGAUUUUCAGCGAAUGAAUGUUGCCAUCACGAGGGCAAGGUCUGCUGUACUGGUUGUAGGUUCCGCUUCAACACUGCAGAAAGAUGAACACUGGGACAAUCUUGUCGAGAGUGCCAAAGAGCGAAAGAGCUACUUCAAGGUCCCAAAGCCAUUCAGCGCAUUCUUUGCCGAGGAUAACCUGAAGACCAUGGUGGUGCAAAAGGAUCCUCCUGUAGGGCUGAAAGCUGAAGCGCUGGAGGCGAUGAAUGAAGAAGCGCACAGGCAGGGCUUCAUGAAUGUGGAUGCUGCCGACGACCAAGCAGAUGCAGGGGAUGACGACGACGCUGCCAUGGAUGUUGAUGAUGGAGGUGGCGACGACUGAUUGUAGGAUGCCGUGUGAGCUGUGGCCCCUGGGUACAGCAGUUGUAUUAGUGAACUGGUACAUAUAGAGGAUUAGGGUUCCAUGGGUGGAAACAUGGAGGUUGCUGAGGCUAAAACACAGAAAUUUCGAGCAGCUAUUCUUUUCCUCUUACCAAUUUUGGGAGGAGAUGUCCGGGAUGCCUAAAGUUACACAACCAACAUUACUUGUUAAACCAGUUUAUGGCCCGUUGCAACGGGGACAUUCAUCACAUAUGUGGAGGAAAGAUUCCUAGCAAUAA